GCCUUGCGUUCCGGGAGCGCGGACCGCAUUCCUCUUCAUUCAUGCCGUGCUAAGACUUCACACUCGGAAAGUGCGAGAGGAGCUUUACACAUUGCUGCCGAGAAAAUGAACGCAAGUUUGAGAUUUUACGCAUGGCAAGGAUAAUAAACCAAGGCAUCAAACGCACAAGGUUAGCGGCCAUGGCGCUGCGGAUGAUGGUGUAGACGACAGCGGCGUGCUGAGAGAGCAGAGAGGACACUGGGUCAAUAACUUGCUCUCCUCACCAUAGACUGACAGACGCUGUCCAGGGUUUUUCAGGUCCAGGAUCAGAAAGGUGAAAACCACCUGGCCUAACACUUCCUUAGAAAGAAACUAAGCAUGCUGCCGUACGGGAGGAAGCCCCUUCCCGCCUCUCUUAGUGAGGCCUUCCUUUUUCUCUUCUUCCUCUCUCUCCUCCCUCAACAUGGGGGGCUUGAGGUCAACCUCUCUUCCUUCCGGACCUUCAUCCCACCAGAGGGAGGGCUCACGCAUUUGGUCGUCCAUAACAAAACGGGUGAAGUCUACGCUGGUGCUGUCAAUUGGAUCUACAAGCUUUCCAGCAACCUAACCAAGCUCCGAAGCCACGUUACAGGUCCUGUGGUAGAUAACGAAAAAUGUUACCCACCGCCUGGUGUCCAGUCUUGCCCCCACGAGCUAUCACAGACUAGCAAUGUCAACAAGUUGUUGCUGCUGGAUUCAGGCCAGAACAGACUGAUCGCAUGUGGCAGCACUUCGCAAGGCAUAUGCCAAUUUCUGCGACUGGAUGACCUCUUCAAACUGGGUGAGCCGCAUCACCGCAAAGAGCACUACCUGUCCAGUGUGUCGGAGGCAGGCACUAUGUCAGGAGUGGUGAUAAGUGGGAACCAAGGUGAAGACAGUGGUAAAUUAUUUGUAGGAACACCCAUCGAAGGCAAAUCAGAGUACUUCCCCACUCUCUCCAGUCGAAAGCUGAUGGCUAAUGAGGAGAACGCAGAUAUGUUUAGCUUCGUCUACCAGGAUGAGUUUGUCUCCUCGCAACUUAAGAUUCCAUCCGACACCCUUUCCAAGUUUCCCACUUUUGACAUCUACUACGUCUACGGCUUCAGCAGCGAGCAGUUCAUCUACUACCUAACCCUUCAACUGGACACCCAACUUACCUCACCGGAUGCCAGCGGCGAACAGUUUUUCACCUCUAAGAUUGUCCGCCUCUGCGUGGAUGACCCCAAGUUCUACUCCUACGUUGAGUUUCCCAUCGGUUGUACCAAGGAUGGAGUGGAAUAUAGAUUGGUUCAAGACGCCUACCUCAGUCGGCCAGGUGCCAAGCUGGCUCGAUCCUUGGGCAUCUCGGAACAAGAAGAGGUGCUCUUUACUGUUUUUGCUCAGGGCCAAAAGAACCGGGCCAAGCCGCCAAAAGAGUCCGCACUGUGCCUGUUCACACUGCGAAAAAUCAAGGAAAAGAUUAAGGAGAGAAUUCAGUCUUGCUACCGUGGUGAGGGCAAGCUAUCUCUGCCCUGGCUCCUCAACAAGGAACUGAAUUGCAUCAACUCGCCUCUGCAGAUAGACGAUAACUUCUGCGGCCAGGACUUCAACCAACCUUUAGGGGGCACCACCACUAUUGAGGGGAUUCCUUUGUUCCUGGAUAAAGAUGACGGGAUGACCUCAGUUGCGGCGUAUAAUUAUCACGGGCACACCGUUGCCUUCACCGGCACCCGCAGCGGCAGGAUGAAAAAGAUCUUGGUGAACUCCAUUGCCCAGCCUGCACUGCUUUAUGAGAACGUGGCGGUGGGCGAAGGGAACCCAAUUUUAAGGGACAUGCUCUUCAGCCCGGACCACCAAUAUAUCUACACACUCACAGAUAAAGAGGUAAGCAGGGUGCCGGUUGAGAGCUGUGAGCAGUAUAGCAGCUGUAGUGAGUGUCUGGCUUCUGGUGACCCCCACUGCGGCUGGUGUGUCCUGCACAGUGUUUGUUCUCGUAAGGAUCACUGUGAGCGAGCGGAUGAGCCUCAGCGUUUCGCUUCUCGACUGGAGCAGUGCGUCCGGCUAACAGUACAGCCCAACAAUAUUUCAGUCACUAUGUCUGAAGUUCAGCUUGUUCUUCAGGCUCAAAACGUUCCCAAUCUUGCCGCCGGUGUUAACUGCUCAUUUGAGGACUACACCGAAACAGAGGGAUACAUUAUGAGGGGAAGUAUCUACUGUCUGUCCCCCUCCACACGAGAGAUCGCUCCCAUCACUCGCAACCGGGGUGACAAGCGGGUGGUGAAGCUCCAUCUGAAAUCCAAGGAGACAGGGAAGAAGUUUGCCAGCGUGGAUUUUGUCUUCUACAACUGCAGCGUCCAUCAGUCGUGUCUCUCUUGUGUGAAUGGCUCCUUUCCCUGCCACUGGUGUAAAUAUCGACACAUGUGUACCCACAAUGCCAACGAUUGCUCGUUCCAGGAGGGCCGGGUCAACGCAUCCGAGGAGUGUCCUCAGAUCCUGCCCUCUACCCAGAUCUACAUUCCUGUCGGAGUCAUGAAGCCCAUCACCCUGUUGGCUCGCAAUCUUCCACAGCCUCAGUCUGGCCAGAGGAACUACGAAUGCAUCUUCUAUAUCCAGGGUAAAGAGUACAGCGUCACGGCUCUGCGCUUCAACAGCACCAGCAUACAGUGUCAGAAGACAAUGUAUGACUAUGAAGGAAAUGACAUCAGCGACCUUCCUGUGGAUCUCUCCGUUGUGUGGAAUGGAGAUUUUGUCAUCGACAAUCCAUACAAUAUCAAAGCUCACCUGUAUAAGUGUUACGCCAUGCGGGACAGCUGUGGGAUGUGUUUGAAAGCGGAUCCUCGGUUCGACUGUGGCUGGUGCGUCCAGGAAAAGAAGUGUUCACUGAGACAGGAGUGUGCUCCUCCUGAAAGCAUUUGGAUGCAUCCCAGUGCAGGAAACAGCCGAUGUGCACAUCCUAAAAUCACCAAGCUGUUGCCAGAGACCGGUCCACGUCAGGGUGGUACCAGGCUAACCAUCACGGGGGAGAACCUGGGCCUGCAAUUCCGAGACAUUCAGACAGGUGUUCGACUGGGAAAAGUUCCUUGUAUUCCUAUAGAAGAGGAAUACGUUAGCGCGGAAAGGAUCGUGUGUCUGCUGAAUGACGCCACAGGGUAUCGCGUACAGGAAGCCCAGUUGGAGGUUUGCGUUCGAGACUGUUUGGCUGACUACAGGGCUCUCUCACCCAGGGCAUUUACUUUUGUGACACCAUACUUUACACGUGUCCAGCCCGCUCAAGGACCACUCUCAGGAGGAACCACAGUCACUAUUGAAGGGAACCAUCUUAACGCUGGCAGUUCUGUUGCGGUCAACAUUGGUCGUCACCCUUGUCACUUUAAAAAGCGGACAUCUAAGGAGAUCGUGUGCGUGACGCCGGCUGGCCUGAACCCUGGAAGUAUCCCGGUCAUGGUAGACAUCGAUGCCGCCGAGCUGAGGAAUCCAGAGGUGAAGUUUAACUACACAGAAGAUCCGACCGUCCUGAAAAUAGACCCGGACUGGAGCAUCGCAAGCGGUGGCACACUGUUGACGAUCAGCGGCACAAAUCUGGCCACCAUUAAAGAGCCCAAGAUCCGCGCCAAGUACGGCUCGGCCGAAUCCUUCCACAACUGCACGGUUUUCAACAACUCCGUCAUGGUAUGUCUUGCUCCAUCCGUGGCUGAUUCGGAGCGAGGUUUUGCGGAGACUGGCAGCGGACCGGAUGAGAUCGGCUUUUACAUGGAUGAUGUCCACGCUCUGGUGGUCGUCAAUGAGACAUUCAGCUACUACCCGGACCCGGUCUUCGAACCCCUCAGCCCAAAUGGCAUUCUGGAGCUCAAACCAACAUCUCCACUUAUACUCAAGGGUCGUAAUUUGAUUCCAGCAGCUCCAGGUAACUCCAGGCUCAAUUAUACCGUGUUUAUCGGAGAGACGCCGUGUGUUCUGACUCUUUCUGAGUCCCAGUUGCUCUGCGAAUGGCCCAACCUCACCGGUCAACAUAAAGUAACGAUUCGUGCGGGAGGGUUCGAAUACUCCCCUGGUACCCUGCAGAUCUACUCCGACAGUCUGCUCACUCUCCCAGCUAUCAUUGGGAUCGGCGGAGGCGGUGGUCUUCUUCUUCUGGUCAUCAUCGCUGUGCUCAUCGCCUACAAGCGUAAAUCCCGCGACGCUGACCGCACGCUCAAGCGACUUCAGCUACAAAUGGAUAACUUGGAGUCUAGAGUCGCUCUUGAGUGUAAAGAAGCGUUCGCUGAACUCCAAACCGACAUUCACGAAUUGACCCAGGAGCUUGAUGGAGCCGGUAUACCGUUUCUGGAUUACAGGACCUACGCCAUGAGAGUGCUGUUCCCUGGCAUCGAGGACCACCCGGUGCUCAAGGAGAUGGAGGUACGGGUUCAGGCUAACGUCGAGAAGGCUUUAACUCUGUUUGGUCAACUCCUCACCAAGAAGCACUUCCUUUUGACAUUUAUCCGUACACUGGAAGCUCAGCGCUCCUUCUCUAUGCGUGACCGCGGCAACGUGGCAUCACUCAUCAUGACGGCUCUACAGGGAGAGAUGGAGUACGCUACAGGAGUCCUCAAACAGCUGCUCUCUGACCUCAUCGACAAGAACCUGGAGAGCAAGAACCAUCCCAAGCUUCUGCUCAGGAGGACAGAGUCUGUCGCUGAAAAGAUGCUUACAAACUGGUUUACCUUCCUCCUGUACAAGUUCUUAAAAGAGUGUGCAGGUGAGCCUCUCUUCAUGUUGUACUGUGCUAUGAAACAACAGAUGGAAAAAGGCCCAAUAGACGCCAUCACAGGAGAGGCCAGAUACUCCCUUAGUGAAGACAAACUCAUCCGACAACAGAUCGACUACAAGACGCUGACUCUGCACUGCGUGAACCCAGAGAACGAGAACGGCCCGGAGGUGACGGUGAAAUGCCUGAACUGUGACACCAUCACCCAGGUGAAGGAGAAGCUUCUGGACGCCGUGUAUAAAGGAAGUCCUUACUCACAGAGACCCAAAGCUGGAGAUAUGGACCUGGAAUGGCGACAGGGGCGACUGGCCCGGAUCAUUCUUCAGGAUGAAGAUGUCACCACUAAAAUUGAUAAUGACUGGAAACGGCUGAACUCACUCGCACACUAUCAGGUAACAGAUGGGUCUGUCAUCGCCCUUGUGCCAAAGCAGAACUCUGCGUACAACAUCUCAAACUCCUCCACCUUCACCAAGUCCCUCAGCAGAUACGAGAGCAUGUUGAGGACGGCCAGCAGUCCGGACAGUCUGCGGUCCAGGACGCCCAUGAUCACGCCCGAUCUGGAGAGCGGCACCAAACUCUGGCACCUGGUGAAAAACCACGACCACGCAGAUCAACGCGAGGGCGACCGUGGGAGCAAAAUGGUGUCAGAGAUCUACUUGACACGACUGCUGGCCACCAAGGGUACGCUACAAAAAUUCGUAGAUGAUUUGUUCGAAACGAUAUUCAGCACAGCGCACCGCGGCAGCGCCCUCCCUCUCGCCAUCAAGUAUAUGUUCGAUUUCUUGGACGAACAGGCGGACAAACACCAAAUCACAGAUUCAGAUGUUCGGCACACCUGGAAAAGCAACUGUUUGCCAUUGAGGUUUUGGGUGAACGUGAUCAAGAACCCUCAGUUUGUGUUCGACAUUCACAAGAACAGCAUCACGGACGCUUGUCUGUCUGUUGUGGCGCAAACGUUCAUGGACUCUUGCUCCACAUCCGAACACAAGCUGGGCAAAGAUUCCCCCUCGAAUAAACUCCUCUAUGCUAAAGAUAUUCCCAACUACAAGAACUGGGUAGAAAGGUAUUACUCAGACAUUGCACGAAUGCCUGCCAUCAGCGAUCAGGACAUGAGUGCAUAUCUCGCCGAGCAGUCCAGACUGCAUCUGAGCCAGUUCAACAGCAUGAGCGCCCUCCACGAGAUCUACUCUUACAUCAUCAAGUACAAAGAUGAGAUCCUUUCAGCACUACAGAAAGACGAGUUAUCCCGGCGACAAAGACUGCGCAGUAAACUGGAACAAGUUAUCGACACCAUGGCUCUGACAAGCUGAGGACCCCUUCUCUCCGCCCACCUCAGCCCCGCCCCCUCCAACCUCCUUGCCCCGCCCCAAGCCACUCCCACACACACACAAGCAUACACACAAGCUGACGGACUGCAACGACAGAAGCAGUACACUGGAGACGCUCAGCCCAGGAUGGAAAUCCUCUUUCAUCACUUCCAUUGAACUCAACACACACACCAGAAUGUCUCCCUGGACGUGAUGUCCAACCAGUAGGAUUUUGUGGCCGAUGUUUCGUUAUUUUAUAGUGCGUGUGUGUGUUGAGCCACGGUCGUGUGUGCUUUUACUCACCGAGGAUGUGUUGUAUUACGAGCCUGAAGACUUUAAAGUCCACAAAGCGGUGAACUUUUACGUACGCCAUUUUGUUUAGCGCUUAUUUUCGACGUCCCCCCCUUCGGGUUCAUCGAACGUCUCGCUCACGACAGUCUCCUGCCACUUGUGUUACUGCUGAAUUUGCACAAUUUACAGGAACUACAACAAAUGAAAAUGAUAUAAAUAUAUAUAUAAAUGUGUAUAGAUAUAUAAAUACAAUUGCAUUUUUAUACAAAAAAAAAAAGAGUGAAGCGUACAAAGUUUUCCAUUUUAACAUAGAAAAGAAUAAAAGAUGAAUUUGAUAUGUGAAGCAAAGACUGAACUAUGAAAAAACCUAGAAAAAAAUCUGUCCUGUGCCAUGUUUUAUUUGAAUGUUGUUUAGUGGAAAAAACGAUUUACUUUAGAUAAAAUGUGCUAUGAUUUAAAUGUUGACUACCCUAGUGACUGAAGAACUAAGAGUGAAAAUAUGUGCAAAAAGAACAAACGUGUUCCCAUGUGGUACCUAGGUGUUUUUAGAGGGAACCGUCCUCACCAAAAGGGUUUCAUUGUUCGGUUAACGGUCGAAUGUGUGUUUAUACGCAUUUUUAUUUCAGCUUUAUCGUUAAUAUGGUUUUAGUACGAAAGCCACAUCUGCGACUUUCGGAGCGACAAAUUUGGAAAACGGUCCUUUUCAAAUCAAACGUUCGUUUUCAUCAUUUUAGGCAUAUGACGGAAAUGGCACUCGGAGACUCGUACGAAACCAGUAUAUUUUUGCACAAAGCACAUUGGUUUAAUGAAGGAAAACGUAAGGUUGAAAAACCGACGAAUGUGUUACUGUUUGAUAUCGUACUUUGCAAUUUAAUGCCGUACGAGAAGGUUCGCUGACAUUCGGCAUUAAAUGUUUGUUUUUUCCAUGCAGUUCCCACAAACUUUUCUCUGCUCUUAAUUUUUGGAAGUGUAAUGAAAACUGUGGUACCAAGCACUUGUUUGAGCUGAAUGGUCCUGAAUGUGCUGAAUUUACCCAUUCCAAAAAAAAAAAACAGGUACUUAAGCUAGAAGUUGAUUUUAAGCUCACAAAAAGAAAAUAAAACUUUUAUCAUGUUCUUAAAAAGCCAUUAUGGCCGGUGAUAUUUUUUAAGCUCAUAAGCUACUUGGCAUUUUUUUUCCCUUAAUUAGUUUUUUUCUGGAUAUUUCUUUCGUCCAUCACGCCCCAUCUGUCUCUUUUCAACACGAACUUUGAGUGUAAUGAUGAUUAUUUGGAGUUGUGAAUUGCAAUGUUACAAAUGUGAAUCUCUUCAGGGGUAUGAAUUCGAUAAAGUCAAGCUCUUCCCCUCUGCUUAACUUUUCUUCGCCAUCCUGCUUGUUUUGGAGUUUCUCUUUAUCUUCUCUCUCGAGAAUGUCGAUAGCCGCGCGAGGGUCUGUAUGGCGGUGACUGGCUUUCAUGUGCUGCAGCAGUCAGUCAUGUUCAAACAAGAGAAAGCCUCUUUUGCUUUCGGUUUCCACCGAGAUUAAAGAAGAAGACUUUCUGAGAUGUGAUAGAAACGUCUUUGAAAGAUUUAGGUCAGAGACCCGAAGAGAACGAUAGUGAGUCACACAAACUGAAAAUCCGACGUUUUCUCGCUCGCUUUACCUCGAUACAGCCAGACAUCAGGGUUCGUUUCAGCUAGAAAAGUAUUAAAAGAAUCGUUCAUUUACAGAUUUAUUUAUUUAUGUUAUUGAAUUUGUCAUUGCAAAUUUCUCCUAAUCAACUGGGAGCAGGUCUCCAAAACUCUUCCGUAGAAAUGUUCACCGGGAUUUUACUUCACACGGAUUAUUUGAUUGUUUUUAUUUUGCUCGCAUGUUUGAUGUUGGCUCUCAUACAUCGCAUACAUUAUUUUAGCAAAAGAAGCUACAUUCAAGACGACUUGAAUGUGAACAUUUGUUCUUAGUAUACUACUGUUAUCCGUCUUAAUUUUAAGUAGAGGGUCGACGUCUUACCCUUUAUCUGUACGCUUUUGUAAUAUCUGUAUUUAAUUUCUAGUAAAUUAGUUUCUGCAUGUUUCUACGCUACAGGUGAGGCCACGUUAUUUGAAAAUACAAGCAUGCUCUUCUACUUGCGUUCCAAAAGCGGACGAUUUUCAUUCUUCAUCCCAACAUUUAAGCUAGAAGUAUAGUUGAGUUUUUACGCAUACGCGAGGGUCCGCGUACAGAAUUUGACAUCAGAAUAUGCUCGCACUGUACUUACUUUUUACACGUAGGCUACGCGUUUUGUCACAAUGCGUAUGCGUCGAAUGUCUAUGUCAAACAAACUAUGCUUUGCAAGGCUGUGCGUUCGACCGUGAACGUACACGUAAAAAACUAACUAUACUCCGGGCAAUUUUAUUUUCUAUUGUAGCUUUCCAGAUGGAAAAAAAAUAUGUUGAUGUGCUUUGCUUUGUGCUACUUUAGCAGGACUUUGGUGAUGGUGAUUGUAAAACAGCUGGUUGCAAUGUAAUGUCUCAGGACAUGUGUUUCACUAUGAUGUUGUCUAUUCUCUUUUCAUUCAAAUUUAUUUUUAUGCAGUGUUACUUUGAUUUUCGAUGUUUUUGAUGAGUUGUGGAACAUGUGUGAACUCUUCAGAGAUGCUCUAAAAUUUCCAAGAUUUUGGUGUGCAAAGUAUUUAAGUGAUUGCUUCUCAUUUUACACUGCUUGUUUUGGGAACGGUGACUUAUUUUGAGUACAGGAACAAAAACAUUUUGAUUUCAUUCACUAGAUUUCAGUUGUAGAUGAAGGGGAAAGCCGGACAGAAGGUGUUUUAGAGAUCAAAGAGCUUUCGUUUCUGCACAGAGUGCCUUGUCAGCUCCUCAUCUCUCGGCCACCACUGACCCUUCCAUUACCCACAAUCCAUCUCUUCCCAUCUGGUUCUCUAUCACUGUCUGACCACGCCUUCGUUCUUAGAAAUACCAACCUCUUAAUUUUCAGUUUUUAAUUUCUGCUUAUGUUUUGAAAAAUCCUCUUUGAAGGAUGAAUUAAUUUAAGCGUAGGAACAAAAUGUGAGCAUGUAGAUUUCGAAGAAAAUAACUGAAGAAUUUUAAUACUUUAUUAAUUCUGAUACCUUUUGAAGAGUUUCAGACUUGAAUCAACUGUGACAGGUUGGCUGUUAAACGCUCAUUGUGUAAAUAUUGUGCUCUUUCCUAUUUUGCAAAUUUAUUAUGUGUAAAUAAACACAUGCAUCAAGGAGAGAUUAAACAUUUUUCGCUAAA